AUGAGAUAUGAAGCAUUAUGGAACACUAUUAAAGGAGCUGGUUCUUUUCCUGAUUUUGAGGCUUCCAUUAGAGAUACAUAUUUAUGUGCAUUGUUUAAUUCAAGCUGUACUCUGCAGAGUGAUAUACACUUUUAUGCAAAUUGGCUAUCAUCCUAUAUCAACAAGGUGCUGGAAUAUGCUACCUUAGUUGUAUGCAAUGGUUUAGAUGUUAGAAGAAUGGCCGCGAGUGCAAUAUUGCAAAGGAAAAAGUUUCUUUUUGACUCCCUUCAUCAGCCCAAGUGGUUGGUUCGAUGGUUUUCGAGUCUUGAACAUGGAAGUUCAUCUGGGGUUCCUUAUUCACGGAAUUGGAGCUGGGCUGUGAGCUAUUCAUCUUCAAGCACCAAUCAUGUAAAUGAAGAGGAUUCACAUUCUCUAAGCAAUGAUGAAGCACUAACUACUUUGACAAAAGAAUUUCUUAGGUGUAAUUCUUCUUGUAUUCCAACUUUGGGCUACGGAAUUGGAAGAUCAGGGGUUCUGUCCCCAUUGGGAGCCAGGUGGACAAUAGAAUAUGCACGCUAUUUUUCCACUGCUGCAGCAGGUCAGUCCGAAUUAGGUAGUAGUGAGAUAAAAAAUGAAGAACAAGCUAUGAAGCAGAAGAAGGAAGCUUCACCAGAAGAAUGUGACCAGGCAGUUGAAGGUUUGAGCACUGUCAAAGCCAAAGCCAAAGCUGCAAAAAUCCCAGAAGGGUGCUAA